UGUUCUUCAUCCAGCGGCUCUGACUCAAACACGCUUCAGCAGUCACUCUGAACACACCCCUGAGCGCAGCUCUCGAAGCGAGCAUGAUUCCUAAAUCCGUGUUUCUCCUCUGCUUACUGCUUGGUGUGUUCGGCGCAGACACCGAUAACACCGAGACCGUGAGGGUUAUGCUGGGAGAGUCGCUCACUCUGCACACAGACAUUGGCACGGUUCGGAGAGACGAUCACAUCGUGUGGGUGUUUGGACCUGACAGUCCAGACAACCAGAUAGCAGAGCUCAUGAAAUGGUCCUACAUGUUCUCUGUCUUUGUGAGUGGAAAGAUGCUGUUUAGAGACAAACUGCAACUGAACCAUCAGACCGGAUCGCUGACCAUUAAAAACACCAAAUCUGAACACUCUGGACUUUAUAAGUUAACAAUCAUCCAUGACAGAAAGACCUCCCGCAAGAGGUUUGAUGUUAAAGUCUAUGCUCCUCUCUCAGCUCCCAUCAUCAGCGCUGGUUCCUCACAGAACUCGACAGCAUCAGAACGAUCUGCGGGUCCAGCGUGUGUCCUGGUGUGUUCUGUGAGCAAUGCGUCUCGAGCGACUCUGUCCUUCUUUAAGGGCAGUGAUUUAGUGUCCAGCGUCAGCGGCUCUGACUUCAGCAGCUCUCUCUCUCUGCCUCUGGAUGUGGAGUAUCACGAUGAAAACACCUACAGCUGUGUGGUCAGUAACUCCAUCAGCAACCACACCACGCUCUUUAACAUCACCGAUCUCUGCCAGCCGCCUCCAGACGACUCGCUGCUCUACUGUCUGCUGCUGAUUCCUGUCGCUCUCACAGUGACCGCUGUCGUAUUGUGUGUCCGUCGAAAACGUGCAAAAGCAGAAGAAGAGACGGAUGAAAAUUGCUAGCGCUAUAGAGAACUGUGAGGAUGAAACACAGAGCCUCAAGAGAAGAUGACGCUGAAGCACCUGCUAGUGUUUACCUUAGAAACUCUAAUUAAGAACUGUUUUAAUAGAAUAUUUGAUGUAUUUAUUGAGUGUUUUGUCAGCAUCGCGCAGCAUGUCCAUGAUGAAAAUGAUGGUCUGAUGCAAACUGUUUUUACAAAAUCCUUCAGUUGAUCUGAACGUUGGUCUCUCAGUGCUGCUGACUGAAGAAGUAAAGCAGCGUGGUUUGUGAUGAUGCUGGAACAUUGCUGUGAAGGGAAACUUGACUGAAGAUGUUUUAAUCCUCACUUAAACAUAUAAACUUGUUUGUGUUUUAUUAAGAUUGUAGCGGUUGCAGUAGCUGCUCUUGUUCAGAAGGAAAAACACUUGUCAGUUUAUCAUUCUCGGUCUAUAUUUCCAUUGUAAUCUUGGAUUU